UUCCAAAGUAGAUAGGUAUACGUAGGUAGAUGUUAUAUAAAUGCAGAACAAAGGCCCUAAGUUCUUAUCCCUCUAUUUAAUAUCUGGCAACAUCGAACUCAUCUCACUUCUUCUGUAUCUAACGAGAGUAGACAAGCAAUUUGAUACUGCUAUUCAUUUAUUUUUUCCGAAGUAAAUGAAAAAUGGCGUCUCAAAGUAGGAUCGUAGAGCUCUCCUCUAUCAUUGCUAAAGAGACGGCCAAGCUUGACAAAUUCUUCACCGAGAAUGGAUUGCCUACACCCUCUCUCGAGGCCGAUGCGCUCCGGUCUCUACCUAUACCAGAGACUGCCAAAGAUAUUGAGGCGGCUCGAGAAGCUAUUAUGGUAGCCUGUUCUGAGCUGAAAGCACUGGUCACUGGUCCAAAAGCCUUGUUACGCGUUGAUUGGACUGCAUAUACUAGUGUAAAGGCAAUCAUUCGCUUCGAGUUGGACAAGUCGUUUCCUGUGGGCGAGUCUACCACAUUCGAAGCAAUGUCAAAGUUUUCCGGUCUAAAUGUGAACACCGUCCAGCGAGUUGUCAGACACGCUAUCAUCAACCACAAUUUCUUCCAAGAGAAAACCCCUGGUGUGAUAACCCACUCCGCGCUUACGGCCAUUGUAGCCCAGGACGAGAUGGCUCGAGCUGCCAUCAUUGUCGAGCUAGACGAAUUCUGGCCUUCAGCACCUAAGAUGGCUGACGCGAUGGAAAAAUGGCCUAACUCUGAAGAGAACAAUGAAACUGGGUUCACCCUCGCCAACAAUACUGAUAAAGGCAUGUAUGCUACGCUUGCCGAAUACCCUGAUCGUGCGGAAAAUUUUGGGAGAUAUUUCUUCGCGGACAGAGACCCGCCUCAUCUACUACCUGAUAAUUAUCCCUGGAAGGGCAAUGAGACAGUGGUAGAUGUCGGGGGGUCGCACGGAAGUAUGUCUAUCAGUCUUGCGAAGAGAUUCCCGAACAUCAAGUGCGUUGUACAGGACCUGCCGGUCAACGUGAAGGAAGGGGCUGCUAGGCUACCUCCUGAACUCAAAGACAGAGUCACAUUCAUGCCACACGACUUCUUCAAUGAGCAGACAGUCGUUGGCGAUGUGUACUACUUCCGUUGCAUCUUCCAUAACUGGGCCGACAAGUACUGCAUCCAGAUUCUGCGAAAUCUCAUACCGGUCCUUAGACCCGGCGCCAAGAUCAUCAUACAUGACCGUAUAAUGCCAGAUCCAGCGACUGUAUCGGUAGAAGAUGCUCGACGAACAAUCAACAUGGAUAUAGGAAUGCUUCAGCUCCUGAAUGCGAAGGAACGAGAAUUCAAAGAGUGGCCUGAGUUACUUCAGCGGGCUGAUCCUCGCUUCAAGUAUCUGGGUGCUCAUCGGCCUCCAGAUGCUAUGAGAUGGAUCAUCGACGCAGAAUGGCAAGGUUAAAUAAAGAUAGUCUUACCCAUGAUCUGGCGGACUAUAAGGCUCUGGAUGCACCUUACAUAUGGCAUUUGCUUUAGUAGUCGUAUUGAGCUACCGCGCUGGAGGCGCUGUUGAGUUCUAUGCCAAGUAACAAUUAUAUAAGAUAACAGGAUAGCAAAAUAUAUGGUACACACUUGAAAACUGAUCUAGCACC